UAUUUUAUACCGCCCCGCCGCCUCAGCCAGGUCGAUGCCGACCUCGCCCUCUCUCGCGCUCUCCAGGAACAGGCAAUCCGUCCGACGAUCUAUCGCACCUUCUCGUGUACUCUUUGAUCAUAUGUCCCCAUGUGGAAUGUCUUGAGGUUGGUUUGCUUGUGCAGGAGAGGGCGUACGCGAUGCUGAGUAUGAACAGCGUGGAUGGCAGCAAUUACGAGAGUUCUGACGCUGGAAUCUAUGAUUAUGAGGAGGAGGAAGAGGAGGAGGAAGAUGGGGAAGGCGUGGAAGAUGAACCAAACCUUGUAAUUGAGGAGGGAGAGAGCAUCGAGGGCAAUGACUAUGGAGAGGACGCCUUCGAUGCCAACGACCCCGAUUUAGAUCCAGCGGAAUUUGAAAACGACGAGGACUUUGCAAGGGCACUGCAGGAUGUCCGAUGAUCAUGGUGACCGUGGAAGUAAUUCACAAGUGUGUGCUUGAUUGUCUCCUCUUGGAAGUAACUGGUUUCUUCACUCAUUUAAACCUAUGAUACUUCGAACAACAAAACAGGCCUCCUUUGGUCAUUGUUUCCUUCUAUGGCUAUAUCUUAGU